AUGCCAUCUGUUCUCUCCCUUACUGAUGACUCGCAGUGUGAUCUUGGCCGUCCAUUGUGCGGGAGAUGCUUUAAGAAGAAGAAGGACUGCGAGUUCUUAUCUUCAAUCACUCCGUCUACGGUGGAUGAUCCGAAAAGCUUAGCAACCUUGACACCUACGGAGGAAACAAUACUUGCCCCAAGAGCUUCCAUCUCCGAAGUGGAGACCCUCCCGUGGGAAGAUCUGGAACUGUUGCAACACUUCUCAACCGUUACAUACACCACACUGGCCAAUCGGCAUGAUCUCCUCCAGAUGUGGCAAAUCCAAAUCCCGAAGAUGGCAAUGAAACAAAAAUUUCUCAUGCAUAUCCUCUUUAGCGUCAUAUCUUUGCACAUAACUUCCUCACGUCCAGAAAAUGCGUCUGCAUACACCGACAGGGCAAUCCGACACAACAACAUUGCCCUCCGAGAGUACCGCUCUAAGCUCCACAGCAUCACACCAGAAAAUAGCCCCUCAUUAUUCGCUUGUUCCACUCUCCUAAUCAUUGCCGCUCUCCGCUUAUCCGCGUCAGGCCCGCAUCAAGAGCCAGUGGGGGCCAUCGAAGAGAUCGCUGGCAUCUUCAUUCUCGCACAAGGAGUACGGUCGGUCUUGUCAGAAAUGCGGAAUUGGAUUCGAGAAAGUGAGAUUGCGCCCCUCUUUGUCGGCAGAGAGCUGGAUGACAACAUCAUACUGCCAAAGGAUGUCGCCGAUGUGUUGGGACUACUCGAAACUUGCAAUCAGCAGUCGGCAGACCUAGAUUCUGAUAAAACCGCCUACGUCCUUGCUAUUCAAGGAUUAAAGGCGUGUUUUACGCAUCUACGAUCAAAAGAAAGGGACAACGGCAUAGUACUCAGUUGGGCCGUUGAUGUGAAUCAAGAUUAUAUAAGGUUGUUGGGCUUGCGGCGUCCAAUGGCGCUGGUGAUUCUGGCGUACUUUGCAGUGGCUUUAGAAGAAGUCAAAGAAGCUUGGUGGGCGGAUGGGUGGGGGAGUCGGUUAAUUCAAGAAGUCUCGCAGGCUUUGGGUGUCAAAUGGAAAGCUCUGAUGGCAUGGCCCAUGGAUAGGAUUACUGUAGGAAAUUCCAACGAAUGA